AUGAGAUGGGCUGGAAUUAUAGUCGACAACAUCGCGAUUGAGAGCGUCAACAUGGGAGUGUCAUCACAAGAACCCUUGACAUUUGACUUGAAGUCUCUACCACCAGUCUUCGUCCUGCAAAGCCAUCUGCAGUCCGAUGACCUUCACAAGUGGGAAGACCUGAUCUUCAAGCUGGGUGGCUCUUUGACAUACAAUGCUACGGAAGCAAGAGUGUUCAUAGGCAAGGUUGGUCAAAAGAAGCGUGCAGCGUUCGAUCUGAGGGCCAAGGAAGUAUGGACUGAAGAGUCAGACCUGCCGGAAGUCAAAUCCCCUGAAGAGUCUGAAGGCGGAGAACCUCCUCGGAAGAAAGCCAGGCUCGAAGGAAGUGAGCACGAUGUGAAACCCGAACAGAGACGAGAGAGUUCAAGCUCGAGCACGACCUUAUCCGUAGCAACCGUGAGCGAUACUCAACAACCACAUCUUUCCUGGCCGGAUCUUACCAACCAUGUCCUCGUUCUCAAGCUAGGCUGGCUGGAGUCAUGCAUCAAACAGGACCAUCUAGUCCCGUACAAGCCGUUCGUUGUCUACACCGCCAAGAUCACUGCCGCACCACAAGACGAAAAGCCGCCGAAGGCUCUUGCAGACACAGCCUCAUACGUCAAGACCAGUCCAUCGGCCGUCCCAGCCUCGUCAUCAAGAGUGUCCAAUGUGGCCAGUUGCACAUCCAUACUGGAACGCGCAAAAGCUGAAGCCGCCACCCUACCGUCAACACCCACCUCCUAUCCAACCCGCCGCCGAUACGGCGACCACGGCCAAACCAGCCCGCAAUCCACCAAACACCCGCCCAAACUUCACCGCACCACGACAUCCGAGUUCGAAGACCUAGCAGCCAACCCACUUCCCCCUUUGCCAGAUUGGGCCACGGGACCCAACGCUGCAUACUCGUGCUGCCGUUCGACGCCCAUGCACUCUCCCAACGCAGCGUUCAUCGAGCAAUUGAGCAAGAUCAAAGAAGCCCGUCUUCUGACACUCGACGACAUCGGAGUGCGCGCAUACUCGAGUUCCAUCGCCAGUCUGUCCGCGUAUCCACAUAAGAUUCGGCACCCGGAGGAGAUCACCCGCUUGCCAGCUUGCGAGUCCAAGAUAGCUACUCUCUGGAGCGAGUGGUUUGCCUCAGCUGAAGACGAUACAGAUCGACAUAUCCAAAAUGUCAUCGACCUCGACAACGAUGCGGACCUUCAGCACCUGAAGCUGUUUUGGAACAUAUGGGGCGUUGGACCCGAAACAGCGCGCAAGUUCUACUUUGAGCGCGGCUGGAAAGAUCUAGAUGAUGUCGUCGAGUUCGGCUGGGCUAGUCUCACUCGGGUACAGCAGAUCGGCGUGAAAUACUACGACGAGUUCAUCGAGAAGAUCCCUCGCGCGGAAGUCGAGGUUAUCUCCGAUGUGAUCACCCGUCAUGCCAGACUUGUACUCGACAUCAAGCCCGAGCAGGAAGGUACAAACGAGGACGUUGACUGCGUCAUUGUCGGCGGGUAUAGGAGAGGCAAGGACCUCUGCGGCGAUGUCGACGUGGUGCUGUCUCAUCGUGACGAGAAUAAGACGGCGAAUCUAGUCGUUGAUAUCGUGAGGAGUCUCGAGGGCGAGGGCUGGAUCACGCAUACUUUGACGCUGAACACUACGAGUACUGAUCGUGGACAAGCGACGUUGCCGUACCAUGGGAGUCACCGUGGCCAUGGAUUCGACUCGCUUGACAAGGCGCUUUGUGUGUGGCAAGAUCCGAACUUUGAGGCUACCGAGGAAGGUGCCAAGAAUCCGAAUAUCCAUCGGCGUGUUGAUAUCAUCAUCUCGAGUUGGCGGACUGUCGGGUGUGCAGUACUUGGAUGGUCAGGCGGUACGACGUUUCAGCGCGAUAUUAGGCAAUUUGUGGCUAAGACUCGGGGGUUGAAGUUCGAUAGCUCGGGAGUGAGGGAUCGGGGGAAUGGAUUGGUUUUGGAUCUGGAAGCGGCGAGGCCGAAGAGAAAAGAUGCUAUAAAUGAAAUAUAUAAGGGCAAGAUUCCUGAGGGGAAAGACGGCGAUGAGUGGGAUGAUGGGGAUACGUGGCAGGAUCGGGAGAGGAGACUCAUGGAUGGUUUGGGGUUUGGAUAUCGGGAUCCGAGGGAGAGAUGUACUGGUUGA